UUUUUUUAUUAUACUUAAAAGAUUGAAUUAGCGCAUUAUAUCGCGUAAAAAGUAAAAUAUAACAAGUAUAAUGAGACAGACAAAUAUAUUACUAAAAUACUCUUACUUUGCUCAUCAUUUUUCUUGUGAUAUUAAAUUACCCAUGUGUUGUUUAAUCCUAUUAGUGCAUGAAAAUUAGGCAUAUCAUGGUAUAGUAUCCUAGCAUUAGAAUUGUCUUUUCAUUAAUUGCUCACCGGUCAGCAUAUGCUCUAUUUUAAAGUAAGUAGACUCUAGUAAUAGGACAAGCUGUAUCCCUUAAAAAGUAAGGAGUAAAACUCACCUUCCAUUAAAAAUCUGAUGUUAACUUGUUCAAGUACAGGUACUUGCCACGUGUAUGGUUGGAUAUGGUGGAUGUUAGUGGGGUGUUUGGGUAGGGAGAAUCCUUGCUAAAAGACGAGCUAAGGUCUUUAGACUGUAGGGAAGGAAGUACUGUUUUGCUAAAUAUGAGUACUUUGGUUUGUAUGAGAUAUAAAUGCUGCUAAACUAACUUAUUUCCAUAAAAAUGGGUAUGAAAAAUGCUAUUCAAAGGGUUGAAUUGAACCAUAUAUGAUUCAUUUGUUCUUGGGGAAAAGGUUGAUUGGACUUUUCAUUAAGUUUUACCAUUAUAAGCAAAUAUGGGAAACUUUUUGUUCUCAUAGAAAUGGUUAAAGAUGAACAGUUUUUGAUGUACAACUUCUUAAUGGUUGUUUAUGUGUUGGUAGUCAGAAGUUGUAUGUUGUAUGGUUGUACUUGCUAAAUAAUGGGAUUCAUGCUUUUGACCACUUGAAGAAUGGAGUAACUAAGGUGUAAUUACAUGAGCUUUUGUCUCUUGUGUGUACUUUUGUUUUUGGUUGGUGAUGCACAUGCCCUUUUUGUGGGAGCUCUAUUCUCCGUAUAGUGCAAAAAUGCGGUAAUGGACGAAAGCAUAGAUAUCUAUUAAAACAGCUUAAAAUGCGGUUUUUUAACACCUUUACAUCGUAAAAACAUUAGUUCGGUAUUUUUGAAAAACUUUACAACGCAGCCUAUGCGAUGCUGCCUUGUUAUUGUACUAUGCUUUUGAGAACUCAAAACAUCGGUUCGAUAUUUUUGAAAAACUUUACAACGCGGCCAAUGAGAUGCUGCGUUGUUAUUGCACUAUGCUUUUGAGUACUUUUACCAAAAAGAAAUUUAGGCUAAGAAAUUUAUUACACGGAAAUUCAAUUACAGUUAUGGAAAUUUAGGCUAACCUUUCUUUAUUACUUGGUACUUAUUUCUCAAGGUGAGAAAUUUGCAGUUUUACACUGCAACUCAUGGUUUUUACUGGUUAUGAGUACAUCAAUAAUUUCUUUCCCUUUUCAUACUCCUUCAAUGUGAUGAGCUGUGAGGCAUUAGCAUUGCUAUCCUCUUAAAUUCUAUAUGUAUCAUAGAAGUAUUAAUCACCAGCUAUCAGCUUGAUUGUUGCUGGCAUGCUCUACCUUCAGAGCAGUGAACUCCUGGCCUAAGAUCUCUUUAUGGUCCAAACUUUCCUUUUUCCGGAAAGUCGAAAGUGAGUUGUUUAUGAACCUGGACCACCUAUGUUACCUGGAUUCUUAUACACAUGUCUGACUUGGAUACGUAUCCAAGUGUCUAGCAUGGCUAUUUUCUGAAAUAUUUCAAUAUUUUGAAUCAAAUUGAAGUGUCAAAUGUCAUACCCCCGGUCACAUUAUUCACUAUUUUCCUGGCGAAUCGCGAAUUAAAUUAAGCAAAAUAUGGUCGGUUUUAGGCUAUUUUAGUGUCAUUUUGAGCGAAUCGCAAAAGGCGAAUUAAUUGGCUUAUUAUGCAACACUGGUCAUACCCAAGUCCCGAGUGUAGUUUUAAACAAAGGUAAAGAAAGUGGAAGUCAAGGUAACUAUGUGGACCACAACUAGAGAGGAGAAAAAGGGGGGGAGUAUAGGUUGUCAGUAACUCAGUCUAAUCAUUGAAGUGUAGCAAACUUGAAUCUCACAGUACUUGGAUGAGAACAAAUCAUUGAUUCUGAAGAUUGUGGAAAGCCAAAAUUCUGGGAAGCUAAAUGAGUGUGCUGAAAAUCAAGCUAGGCUGCAGAGAAACCUCAUGUACCUCGCUGCUAUCGCUGAUUCCCAACCCCAACCUGCUACCAUGCAUUCCCAGUAUGCUCCAAGUGGAAUGAUGCAGUCCGGGGCACACUACAUGCAGCAGCAGCAGCAGCAGCAAGCUCAAUCAAUGUCACCCCAAGCAAUAAUGGCGGCACGCUCUUCAAUGCUAUACAGCCAGCAAGCAUACCCAACACUUCAACAGAGUCAAGCCCUGCAUGCUAGCCAAAUGGGGAUGAACUCUCCUGGUAGCUCAGGCCUAACAAUGCUGCAAGGCGAACCUCAUAGUUCGUCCAGCAGUGGUAUGCUCGGAGGAUAUCAUGACUUUGGACGUAUCAAGCAAGACAUCGGAAGCUCAGAUGGUCGUGGUGGGAGUUCAAGUGAUGGCGGGGAGGCGCUCUACUUGAAGUCUGGUGAUGAUGGAAACUAAAAUCGUAAUUGUAAUAGUAAGUAAAGCAAGUUAAUAGCUGGCGAGUCGGUCUUGAGGAGUUUAGUACUUAAGUAAGUAGUACUUUGUAGGAAAAUCUAGUAAUGGUUUUUUUAAAGAAAAUAUUGCUGCUUGAAGGGCUAAAUUUUCUGUGAUGGAAAACUUUGAUGGGUAUUUGCUCGGAGUUCCAUCUUCUUGGUUCUUUUAAGUAGUGAAACUCGAAUCGGAAUUGCCCUAAGCUCUUUAAUUAUCAUGUAAAUUGUAGGUUUCAGUUUUCUGUUUCUUGAAUAUUUUGUGCUUGCAUAUUUUAAGUUUUUCCCUC